AUGAUUCUCGCUGGUGCAGCACUUCUAACGUUAAUUGCUAGCAUAUCAGGUCAAAGUUUAAGCGAAAAUGUAGCCCGCUACGACUACUUCCGUUUGUAUCGGGUGCUAAUAAAAACGCAGGCUCAGGUGGAAAUGUUGCAGCAGCUCGAGGAGCUGAGCGAUAGCUACUCAUUUAUGGGCCACGCGAGGCAGCCCAAUCAAAAUCUUACGAUCAUGGUGGCACCGAACAAAAUCGCGGAAUUAACGGAGCUGCUAGCGCGGUACGAACUACAGGGAACGGUUCUGCUGUAUAAUAUGCAGGAGCUGAUCGAUAACGAACAGGCCACGAUUAAACCGAAACAAACCCCACCGGAAGAGUUUGACUGGAAGCACUAUCAUCACUUGGACACGAUUAAUGCUUGGUUGGAGCUGCAGGUAUCUCGAUAUCCUUAUUUGGAGCUCAUUCAGCUGAACGCCAGCUACGAACAACGGCCCCUAUACGGCGUAAAACUGGGAAAGAACGCGAAAAAUAGUGCAAUUUUCGUCGAAUGUGGCAUUCACGCUCGUGAGUGGAUUUCGCCGGCUAGCUGCACGUUCCUGCUUAAUGAACUUCUCACCUCGAACCGGCCAGAUGUGCGCAACUUAGCGGAUAGCUUCAAUUGGAUCCUUUUCCCGGUGGUGAAUCCGGAUGGGUACCAUUACACAUUCGAAGGGGACCGGUUGUGGCGCAAAAACACGCGACCGUAUGGGAUAUGCCGGGGUGUUGACUUGAACCGAAAUUUCGCGAGCGAUUGGAAUGGACCCGGUGCAAGUUCCGAUCCGUGUCGAUAUGAUUUUGCCGGCGGAAGCGAAGCUAGCGAACCGGAAACGCAGGCGCUGGCGGGUUACCUUCGCGAUCACGUUCAAACGGAACGAAUCGUAACGUACUUCUCGGUUCACUCUUUCUCGCAGUUAAUAAUGUUUCCAUACGGUUACACGAAGGAUCAGGUGCCCAACUACGACGACCUGGUGGAAAUUGGCCGUAAGGGUUCAGAAGCGAUAGAGAGAACGCAUGGUGUGAAGUACGUUUCUGGAUCGAUGAUCGAAACCAUUUACCCAUCCUCUGGAGACAGUGUGGAUUGGGUAUAUAGCGCCCUUGGUGUGCCGGUGGCAUUUACGUUCGAGCUUCGCGGACCACCGGACAGCACGAACAUGUUUGUACUUCCUGCCAAGGAAAUAAUCCCGACUGCGGAGGAAUUACUCGCUGCCUUCGUCGCAAUGCUAGGCGAGGCGACUCGUUUAGGGUAUUAUUCUCGCAAUGCGGAUAGGAAAGAGCUGUAGGCACGCUUGACUGAGAUAUUUUGUUUCAAUUCCAUGGCCGUAAAUUAAAAGGAAUGUUUUGCAUGCGUUAGAUAAGCGCAUCUUUUGUUAAAAAUAUACAGACAGUAA